AUGCUACCCAUAAGGAGUCAAGACAUGAUGGUUUCCUCCAGCUCUACACCUCUUCUGGGCCCUCCCAGCAGCUGCUUCAGGCACCACUACCAGGGCGUCAAAAGAAAGCUGCGAUCCGGACGGAUUGCGGGCUUCAUCUUCAGCCUGGUGGCGGUCUGCACAUUCUGUUCAUGGAGUGCCUUGUCGCUGGUCUCAAUGGUGGCCAAAGAGCUUGAAUCGCCUGUCGAGGGCUCAGCAGAGGCAACAGUGCCCCAAAGAACUCUUCUGCAGCAUCACAACUUCUCAGCUGCGCCACGGAAAUCACCUGCACCCAUGCCAUCAUCUGAACUAGAGAUGAAUCACGGGGACUAUCCAACAGACUACUUCAGUGUGGAGGAGAGACGUCAGGGCUAUGUGGUGCUUCAUAUGUUUGGCAUGUUGUACAUGUUCAUAGCCUUAGCCAUCGUCUGCGAUGAGUUCUUUGUUCCUGCGCUCACUGUCAUCACAGAGAAGCUGGAGAUCUCUGAUGAUGUAGCAGGGGCCACCUUCAUGGCAGCAGGUGGCUCAGCCCCGGAGCUCUUUACGUCUGUCAUAGGAGUCUUCGUCUCCCACAGUAACGUGGGAAUCGGUACCAUUGUGGGCUCCGCCGUCUUCAACAUCCUGUUUGUGAUUGGGAUGUGUGCCCUGUUCUCCAAAGAGGUGCUGAACCUCACCUGGUGGCCUCUGUUCAGAGACGUCUCAUUCUAUAUCAUUGGCUUGCUCAUGCUAAUCUAUUUCUUUCUGGAUAAUCAAAUCACGUUGGGGGAAAGUAUCGGCCUGCUGAUGUGCUACACCUGCUACGUGACAUUUAUGAAGUUCAAUGCCAAAGUAGAACUUCUCAUCAAGAGCUUGCUGGGCAGCAACCAGGUGGACGAGCUGGAGACUGCACCAAAGGUAAAUGUACCUGGAGAUGAUGAGAACAAGCUGAUGGCCAAACCCAGACUGCAGAGGGAAGGCAGCUGUGCCUCUCUACACAAUUCACUGAUGAGAAACAGCAUCUUCCAGCUCAUGAUCCACACCCUGGACCCCCUCAGUGAUGAAGGACGUUUCAAAGAGAAGGCGUCAAUCCUCCACAAAAUGGCCAAGCAGAAGUGUAAAGAAGAGGCUGCCAAUGCCAACGGUGUAGCUGAUAAAAACAUCCCCAACAGUACAAAUGUUGCUGUGGAAGUCACACCACCCAUGAAUGGUGUUGCAGGAGGGGACGAGGGUGGUGAGGAGGAGGAGGAUGAAGACCAGCCUCUGAGCCUGGCCUGGCCUGACACCAUCAGGAAACAGAUCACCUACCUCCUCAUCCUGCCCAUCGUCCUCCCACUGUGGCUCACACUGCCCGACGUCAGGAGAGAGACCUCAACAAAGUUCUUCCCCAUCACUUUCAUUGGCGCCAUUUGUUGGAUUGCUUUCUUCUCCUACCUGAUGGUGUGGUGGGCUCACCAGGUUGGAGAAACUUUCUGGGUCACAGAGGAAAUCAUGGGUCUGACCAUAUUAGCAGCUGGCACUUCAAUCCCUGACCUGAUCACCAGCGUGAUUGUGGCACGAAAAGGCCUCGGUGACAUGGCCGUGUCCAGCUCCGUGGGGUCCAACAUCUUUGAUAUUACUGUGGGCCUGCCGUUCCCCUGGCUCCUCUAUAACAUCAUCAACGACUUCAAGCCCGUAGAGGUGAGCAGCAACGGCCUGUUCUGCGCCAUCGUCCUCCUCUUCCUCAUGCUGCUCUUCGUCAUCAUGUCCAUCGCCGCUUGCAAGUGGAGAAUGAGCAAGAUCCUGGGCUUUUUCAUGUUCGUGCUGUACUUCGUCUUUCUCGUCGUCAGCGUCAUGCUGGAGGACAAAAUCAUCGUCUGCCCCGUCACUGUUUGA